GCUCGGGCGGCGGCGCUUCCUGGCUCCCUGGCGCGGCGGCCGGCCCGGCCACGUCACCGCCCGGCCAAGAGCGCGCUGGCGGAGCUCGGGGGCGCGGGCAGGGGCGCGGGACCCAGAGGCCGGGGCCGGGGACGUGGCAGCCGCCUCGCCCGCCAGAAAGUUUGCCGGGAGUUGGCUGCGCGCGGGCCGGACCAUGAACGUGUUCCGUAUCCUCGGCGACCUGAGCCACCUCCUGGCCAUGAUCUUGCUCCUGGGGAAGAUCUGGAGGUCCAAGUGCUGCACCGGCAUCUCUGGGAAGAGCCAGAUCCUUUUCGCGCUCGUCUUCACCACCAGGUACCUGGACCUGUUCACCAACUUCAUCUCCAUCUACAACACAGUAAUGAAGGUGGUUUUUCUCCUCUGUGCCUAUGUCACAGUGUACAUGAUCUAUGGGAAAUUCCGGAAAACAUUUGACAGUGAGAAUGACACAUUCCGUCUGGAGUUUCUUCUGGUCCCAGUCAUUGGCCUCUCCUUUCUUGAAAACUACAGUUUCACUCCUCUGGAGAUCCUCUGGACUUUCUCUAUCUACCUGGAGUCAGUGGCCAUCCUGCCGCAGCUCUUCAUGAUCAGCAAGACUGGAGAGGCAGAAACCAUCACUACUCACUACCUGUUCUUUCUUGGGCUCUACCGGGCCCUCUACUUGGCUAACUGGAUCAGGCGGUACCAGACUGAGAAUUUCUAUGACCAAAUUGCAGUGGUGUCUGGCGUAGUACAAACCAUCUUCUACUGCGACUUCUUCUACUUGUAUGUGACCAAAGUCCUUAAAGGAAAGAAGCUGAGUCUUCCAAUGCCAAUUUGAAGGUCCUCAGAGAUGUUCUACACCUGAACAAGGACACGAAGCAAACCAUAUGAAGUGUUCUCCUGGGCAACUUACACAUGACUCAGACCUAAUGUUAGAACUGAAGUCACAAAAAUGCUUAGUCUGGAACUCAGCAAAGCACUGAUCAUUCUAUCUAGAAGACCUUCUUAUCAACAUCCCCUUUAAAUCAGAGGCAAUUAAAACUUGGACCAAUUACUCAAGUAUGGUACCCUUACAAUGUCAACUAGACCAUCACAAAAACCUUAGGUGCUUAACCCAUGAAUGGAUCAAGUCAACUACUGCUAAGGCCCUAGUGUGAGACUCAUGCUAAGGAACAGCCAACCCCAAUCUGGGAAAUAUGCCCCCACUGUGUAUAAGGCAAAAGCCCCAAAUGAAGAUCAUAGUCCCAACUAUUAGAAGUAUCCUGUUGUGAUUUAAUUUUCACUUUCUAGGUAGGAAACCAUCAAGUUUAGGGAGUCAAGAUACAAAGGUGAUGUGACAGGUGGGAAAUGUUAUGAGGAAACAAAUACCCCAGGCUCUACCUACUAGGUAUUGUUGUUGCUCUGUGACUCAAAUUUAUGCAUUAAGAACAAUUAAUCCCACCUCCCUCUCACAUUUUUAGGUGCUAAGGUGUUAGUCAAUCCAGCAUGGUCUUGAAGCAAAUAAAAACUCUUUUUGAGAGACUGUCAUUGGGCUACCAUCAGAUUUUUUAAGCAAUAAAAAUCUCACACCUUA